AUGGGUAAGGCUCCAUUGGCACCCAAGACUCCGCCUACGGCCAAGGCCCCAUUGACUCCCAAGACUCCUCCGACGGCCGAGGCUCCAGCGACUCCGAAGACUCCUCCUACGGCCAAGGCUCCAUUGACUCCCAAGCCUCCGUUGCUGA